GGCCACUGAAUUCAGAAGUCCCCGGUUUUCCAGGAGGAGUGAGACUAGUGACGUACUUUGACCUUUAACCCCACACUGCGCAGCGGGAAACGCCUCCAUCUAUAUAAGGGUUUUUCCGGCUGGCUAGGGCCUUUUUUUUUCCUCUCUGCGCUAGGCGUGACCUCCUUGUGCUCCUUCCCUCCGCUGCUGCCGGCUCCAGGAUCCAGCCGACGCCAUGGGUUUCGGAGACCUGAAAAGCCCCGCCGGCCUCCAGUUGCUCAAUGAUUACCUGGCGGACAAGAGCUACAUCGAGGGGUAUGUCCCAUCACAAGCAGAUGUGGCAGUAUUUGAAGCAGUCGCAGGCCCACCUCCUGCUGACUUGUGUCAUGCCCUCCGUUGGUAUAAUCACAUCAAGUCAUAUGAAAAGGAAAAAGCCAGCCUGCCAGGAGUGAAGAAAUCUCUGGGCAAGUAUGGCCCUGCCACUGUGGAAGACACCACAGGAAGUGGAACUGCAGAUGCUAAAGAUGAUGAUGACAUUGACCUCUUUGGAUCUGAUGAGGAAGAGGAAAGCGAAGAAGCAAAGAGGCUCCGAGAAGAACGUCUUGCACAGUAUGAAUCGAAGAAAGCCAAAAAACCUGCAGUUGUAGCAAAGUCUUCCAUCUUACUAGAUGUGAAACCUUGGGAUGAUGAGACAGAUAUGGCAAAAUUGGAGGAGUGCGUCAGAAGCAUUCAAGCAGAUGGCUUGGUGUGGGGCUCUUCUAAAUUGGUUCCAGUGGGAUAUGGAAUUAAAAAGCUUCAAAUACAAUGUGUAGUUGAAGAUGAUAAAGUUGGAACAGAUAUGCUGGAGGAGCAGAUUACUGCGUUUGAGGACUAUGUGCAGUCCAUGGACGUGGCUGCUUUUAACAAGAUCUAAAAUCUUAUCAUCAGUACAUUUAAAUAAAAGCUUGAAGGAAUAACCCUUCACUUUUGA